CUCACCGCCAAUUCUACAAAAUAAACCGCAUUGUAUAUAGCUGAACGUGUGAUUUUUGCAAAUUGCUAAAUAAAUUAAAGAACGAGUGCAAAUUACAAUAUAUUUUGAGAUACAAGAGAAUGCGUCCUAAGGUGAUUGCCAACUGUACCAGAGCCCUGGUGAAGGGUGGUGCACAUCGUGGAAUCCGCGUAGGAUCUAGACCCUUGUCACAUUUUCGAAAUGUGCGUGUCCUUUUUGGAAAGUCGUAUGGACACUGUGAAGUCGUCUUCGAGCCUGGCACCAAAGUCUAUGCACAGGUGUCUGCAACAAUUGGCGAACCAAUGGAUUCUAGACCUGGAGAAGGAGUUUUCACCGUCUCAGUAUGGGUUUCACCUGCAGCGACGGGGGAAAUGGUUGGAAGUUCACAAAAACCAGCACUCAUAGCUCGAACAAUUGAAAGAUUAUUCAAGGACAACAAAGCUGUAGACUUAGAAUCACUAUGUAUCAGAUUUGGAGAAAAAGCAUGGAUUUUACGAGCUGAUAUUCAUGUUAUUGAUAUGAACGGAUGUCUGCAAGAGUCUGCUACACUUGCUGUUUUGGGAGCUCUUUUAACUUUUCGUCGCCCAAAUGCUUAUAUGGAUCCAGAUACGAACGAGUUAGUCGUGGAAGCCAUUCAAGAAUCAACACCUAUUAAAUUGCAUCUAUUUCACUAUCCUGUUUUAACUUCAUUCGCAUUAUGCAACGGAAUUUUAUUGGCGGAACCAAAUCAUGAGGAGGAAGAGAUAUUCCCUGGCAAAUUGGUUAUUGGCUUAAAUGAUAGCAAGGAAUUAUGCUACUUACACACCACUAACAUAAUCGCAGAGGACAUUUUACUAGAAGCAACAAAACUUGCACAAGUAAAAUGUGUUGAGCGUGCCAACCUGAUGAAGGAAUUAUCCGGGGCCUAUAUCACCGAUCGGGAUAUUCCUCUGUAUCUUAGGGCUCCUGGUGUCCGCACUACUGGGACAAUUAUCAACAUUACAGAUGCCGAAGCAAAAUUACCGAGUAUAAGCACGAUAAGCAAUUUAAUUAGUCCAUCAUCACCCCGGAGCAGCUCUGCAAAGGAUAAGAAAUCAUCAACAAGAAUCCAAAUUGUUCCUAAAACUGCUAGUAUCACAGUUUUAGAGGAGAUGGUUUUAUAAUUUCGAAUAUACUUUUUUAUCUUCAUACAUGAGCUACUCAUUAAACCUAAAUAUUUCUACAAAAUA